AGUUCCUACGAGUAUAUAUAUGCGUGCAAUUUUAUUUAUACGAGCAACAAAAUUUCAGCUUUUUAUUUUAAUUUCUACCAUAUCGAUAUAAAUUUAUCAAUAUACGAGAAGCAAAAAUAAGUGUGUCUAUAAUCAUUAAGUAAUCGUAAGGUCAAAAUCAAGUACUGCAUUCGAACCAGCAAGCAAACUUUAUCAAAUUAAAACGGGGCAAAUGGCGUACGUCAGGAUGUAUCUCCUAAUUGCAUGGAUGCACUCGCUUUAUUUUUUAAUAAAUUCCGCGGAUAAACCUUACCCAUAUGGCUAUUCUACUUCGAAUUCCUACUCGUCCCCCAACGGCAACAGCUACAGUGCCCCUUAUAAGCCCGAAAUCAGCAGCUAUGAUUACGUUUUCGUGCCUUUUACUACUCCUGAGCCGAAUCCUGCUGCAUCUGAAUAUCCGUAUGCUGGAGGCAUUCGAAAGCUGCCAGUGAGCACAGUAUCACCGACUGUUUGCAAAUCUACUACUUUUCGGACAAACAUAGGAUGCCCGUGCAAACUUGUUAACGAAAGAUGUUUUCCGUCAAAUUCCGUUUGCAAAAGCAUUUCCGGAACAACCGGGGGUAUAUGUGGAUGUAAGGAUAAUUACGUUGCAGUUAACAACACCUGCGUUUCCGCAACUAUUUACAAUCAGACGAUACAGCCAUUUACGCUACUUUCGCCAACCAUUCUGGUAUCGUGUUUCCUGCCGGCAAAUUCUGUUAUCGGCAAUAUACCGCAAGUUGGUGCUAACGGAUCGGUCACGUAUACGCUAACUCUGCUGUCAUCUUCUCCCAAUCCGUCCACCACCAAAUACAUAUCUGUUGAAUCACCAAGCGGCAACCUUCUUUUUCUAAAAACGCCCGAUCUUUCCACCGUCAGCAGCCAGACGUACUCAGUUGUGGGGAAAGAUGCGUCGGGAAUAACUAGCAACGUCGUAACUUUUACGGUUGGGUACAACUGUACAGCUCCUACAUGCUCCUUUGAUCUGGGAAAUAGUUUCACGAUCGACUGCACUCGUUUCGGCGUAGCUGACACCAUCGUAACUGCACUGGCAACAGGAACUGUAGCGCCGACGACUUUUGCUUUGACACUCCUUUCCUCAACGUCUACGCUUGGUAUUCGUUUUUACGCCAUUGAUCCUACAACUGGACAAAUAUUUCUGCAGAAAGAACCACACGGGGGAAUUUUCGUGGAAGUCUAUAGUCUAUCCGCAACAAAUGCUGCCGGUUUAACGUGCACGACGAAAAAUAUUACGUUUACGACUGCCGCAAAUUGCGCCUAAUCAAGCAAGAUCCACAGCAGUGCAGCGCCGCUGAAAGUUUUUGUUUGGUACUCGUAUAUCUUGGACAUCUUCAGAAACACCAGUCUGUUGUUAAAGAAAUAGCCCGUGGAAUGUGACUCUACUAAUUAGGCGCAAUAAUAAUUAUGAAUGUUGAAAUGCAAAACGAUGGUAGCGAAAAUCGUAAUCUUUUGUAUGCAAAUAAAAUCGUUAUGCUUAUAAGAUUGAUCGCACUGACGCAGUUUCAAAUUUAAUUCGAUCACGCCCAGCUAGAUAUAGAUUUAAGAAUGCAUCAAUUGGUUCAGAAUUAUAUCAUGCACAAUUUUACACAAAUCAUUAUUUUGCAAAGCUGUGUGGUAUAAUUUGUACCAUAAAGUGUU